GGAAUACGGACUAAUUAUUGGCCACCUCUCAAGUCAACUUUAUGAUCUUCAAUACGGUUUUCAAAGCGGCAAGUCUACAACUGCCCAGAUGCUUUAUGUUGUUCACGAGAUUCAUAAUGUCUUAGAGAAAAGGGGCCAAGUUGACAAUAUCUAUCUUGAUUUCGCGAAAGCUUUUGAUAAAGUCAGCCAUGAUCUCUUACUCGUGAAGCUUCACAAUUUUUGCAUCAGAGGAAUUCUUCUUCGCUGGUUCGGGGACUAUCUUUCUGGGCGAUUACAGAGAGUCACUGUUCUUGGUGUAACAUCUGAACCACUUCCUUUGCUUUCUGGAGUUUUUCAGGGAUCAAUCCUUGGACCACUCCUUUUCCUCAUCUACGUGAACGACCUUCCUAUGUCUACCUCGCACGAUACUACCGUGUCAAUAUUCGCUGAUGACACAAAAUGUCACCGUCAUCUUCGAAAUUUCCAAGACACCAUAAUUCUUUAG